CAUGCCUCGAUCUUGUAAACCCCAGAUUUGAAUCACGAACUCUCCUCAUUCCUUCCCCCACCCAAUCUCUCUCUCUCCCUCUCUCUCUCUCAUCACUAUUUCUACCCAACUCUUCCCACCUUCAAUCCUCCCCUUUUCAAAUCCCACUUCCUACUUCAAAAAUCCCCUAAAAAACUCAUUUAAAACCUUCACUACCCUCUCUCUCUCUCUCUCUCUCUCUCUCUCAUCCUUCUCUGAUUCACCAAAGCAAAGCUUGUGAUGAUGGCUAAUAAGCAUCUACACGAGCUACUCAAAGAAGACCAAGAACCAUUCCUUCUUACGAAGUACAUCGCCGACAAGCGAUCUCAACUCAACAAACCCACACCCAAACCCUCAUUACGACGCAAACCCAUAAUUGAAAGCUCCUCUUCAAAACGCCGCCUCUACAAACAUGCCGGUUUUCUCUCCUUCGCCAACUCGCCGGACCUCAAAAAAUCGCCGGCGACUUCGAAUAACCCCUCUAAAAGCCCCAAUGCUGUUAUUCUUCACGUCCCUUCCAGAACAUCUGCUCUGCUUCUCGAAGCUGCAAUGAGGAUUCAGAAUCAGAAACAAUCUUCGUCUCAUAAACCCAAAACCCAGAUUAAAAAUGCCGGGUUUGGGUUGUUUGGGUCGAUUCUCAAUAGAUUAAGCAGUAAAAAUACGACUCAGAAGUGUGAAGUUGGUGGAACUGGGGAUGGUGGUUUGCCGAGAAAAUCGGCUGGAAAGGGCGAGAAAAAGCAGGAAAGUAAUGGGAAAAGUGGGUCUGAGAUGGGUUUUUCGUGUUCUUGUAAUCAUAGUAGGCGUAAUAGUAGUACUGUAUGGUCGGAGAGCAAUGAAGAGAAGUCUUUGGAUUUGGAGAGCUCUAGUAGUUGCAGGUCUGAUGAGGACUCGGAAGAGAUUGAGUUUGCGAUUGAAAAGAAAGAAUGUGGAGGUUUUGGUUUGUGUGAGAAGGAAUUCUGUUUGAGCCCUUUCCAAUUUGCUCUCCAAAAGAGUCCCUCUCCUGGUCGCCGGACGCCGGUUUUCUCAUCGCCGGCCACUUCUCCGUCUCCCCACAGAAAACAGGAGAAAGAGAAUUGUGAAGUACAGAGCAUUCAAAAAAUCCAAUUAGCAAAAGAGGAGGAGGAAGAGAAGGAACAAUGCAGUCCUGUAUCAGUUUUGGACCCUCAAUUUGAAGAUGAUGACGACGGCAACCAUGACGAGGACAACAACGACGAUGAUGAGGACAGUUCUGAACUCGAAUGCAGCUAUGCAAUUGUACAAAAGGCAAAGCAUCAACUGUUGGUCAAGCUUAGAAGAUUUGAAAAACUGGCCGAGUUGGAUCCUAUUGAACUUGAGAAGAGAAUGUUAAAAGACCAAGACGAUGAAGAUGAGAGCAAAGACAUAGAACAAGAGGAAUGCGAAGAGGACGCUUCAUCAUCAUCAUACACAGAAAAGAAUGUUGAUGGGUUUGUGAGAGUUGUUCUCGGCAAAUUAGGACUCCAUCAAAGUAAAGUAUUGUCAGACAUGGAGAGACUGGUAUCAGACCUCAUUGCCGAGGAGAGGAGAGAAGACGAAGACAGUGAUGAUAGCGAAGUGGUGGCAAAAAGGGUUUGUAAGAGGUUGGAUUCAUGGAAAGAGGUGAAAUCUAACACCAUUGAUAUGAUGGUGGAAUUGGAUUUCAGGAGAGAGAUUGAAGGGUGGAAAGUGAAUGAUAAAGAGCUGGUGAGAGAGACUGCAAAGGAAAUUGAGCUUGCCAUCUUUGGAAUAUUGAUGGAGGAAUUAUCAGAAGAGCUUGUUUGCUUACCUAGUGGAAAGAGUUCACAAAGUUUCUGUUCAUCUAUGUAAUUUUUUGUUUUUUGUUUUCUCAGGUUGUUAAUUUAGAUUUAUUAAUUUUAAUUUGAGGAUCAUACAUCUCACUUUCCCUGUGAGGGGGUAGGUUAAUUAGUGAAGGAAAGAUGACCCAAGAAGGAUAUGAGUUAGGUUGGUAGCAUGGUAUUAUAUGUAUAUUUAUCAUGUACAUGUAGAAGGGGAAUAGUUAUGUACCUUUUGCUUAAUGAGAGAUGACAAUUGCAAUACAUUCCUAGUUUCUUAAA